UUAAACGUCAAAAUAAAUAUAAUUUUGGCUAUUUUUGUUGAAUAAAUCGUAAUUAAUUCAAAGCUUAUAAAUAAACUGAAAAGAUACAAAUAUCUACUAAUUGAUAUCAGCGUAAUUGUUGCACUGUACACAUCAUUGGCUUUUUAUUCUCGUAUUUGCAUUUCUGAAAAAAAGGUCAGUAGAAUAUAAACUUACCGUAGGAUUGUUUUUUACUUCUUGAAAUUGUUUUACCAUACUUGCGCGAUCCAACACACGGUACCUCAUUAUUCCUCUCAAUAUUUUUUCCAUGAUUACGGAAUGUAGACACUCACAUCAGCUUUUCACUGCUACAAAAUGGUACAAAUUAUUAGAAGUAAGUUUGCAUGUGGUAAACUAAGACUGACAUUUGUGACCUUCAUUAGCGAAGCUUAUCGUGUCCGCAGCGGACUUGUUUCACAGAGAUGACGACGGAAAAAGUUAUUGGUGAUGUAGCAGAGACAAAUGAUGGUGUCCCUCCAGUGUUACCACAUAACCAUAGGUUCUUAGAACCUGAAAAAGCUGUGAAAACUCUCACAGAUAUGGCCAUAUGGGAGAAAUCUGAAGCAUACAUGGAAUACACUGGGUUUAUAGCUACAUUGAAUGACGCCAUUAAGUCCAAGCCACUCACAGUAGACUGCAAGAUCUCAGACAAUGUUAAAAGACUUAUUAAAAUGCUUGAAAUAAUUGACAACCUGAUAGAUGAAUUCCCUCCAAUUGAACAACCACAAAGGUUUGGUAAUGCUGCAUUUAGGUCCUGGCUCUCCAAACUGAAGCUGAACAGCACUCUGUAUCUGCAAGAUGCCCUGGAUCCCUCAAUACACCUUGCUAUACCUGAGGUUAAAAUUUACUUGGAGGAGAGCUUUGGUAAUGCUACUAGGAUUGAUUAUGGAACUGGCCAUGAAAUGGCUUUUGCAAUGUUCCUCUGUUGUUUGUUCAAAGUAGGAAAUUUGGUGGCAGAGGACAAUGUAGCAGUAGUUUUCUUAGUCUUUAAUAAAUAUCUAUCUAUUGCAAGAAAGUUGCAGAAAAUAUACAGAAUGGAACCAGCUGGCAGCCAUGGAGUGUGGAGCCUGGAUGAUUACCAGUUUAUUCCCUUCAUUUGGGGCAGCUCCCAACUCAUUGAUCAGCCGAGAAUUUAUCCACCGGCCAAGUUCUUGGAAGAUGAUAUUAUUGAUAAAUAUCACAAUGAUUAUAUGUUUAUAUCUUGCAUUAAACAUAUCAAAGAGGUGAAAAAAGGUCCCUUUGCAGAGCAUUCUAAUCAGUUGUGGAGCAUCAGUGCAGUUGGUUCAUGGAGCAAAAUCAAUCAAGGUCUCAUUAAGAUGUACAAAAAGGAGGUGUUAGCCAAAUUCCCAGUCAUUCAACAUGUGAUGUUUGGCUCUCUGCUUCCCAUCAGGAGAUUCUCUCUAAACCACUAAGUGGUGAGAAGAUAAUCAUUGUGAGACACUAAUCAUGGCCAAUGUAGCAGGCAACAGCUGGUGGUGAGAGAUGGAUAUUGAGAUUGACCAGAGGAAAGAGUGGAGGAUGAAAAAGAAGUAACUUAUUUCAGUAAUUAUUGUGUUCCUCAAUUUCUGUAUCCAAUGAUAUUAAGAUUAACCUAAAUAUUUACUGCCUUAUGACUAUUGUCUUAUUUAUGAAUGAAUAUUGUAUAUUUUGAACAAAAUUCAGUAUUAUGAGUUGUGCAAUUUGUAACGAGUCUCUGUCACUAAAAUAAUUACCUUAUAAUUGUAUUUGUUGUAAUGUAGUAUGAGAUAGUAAUUGGUGGCCAAAUGGGCGGGUGAACACACGCCAGAUAAGGUCGGCGCGGCGGAUUGACGUCACGCGUCUUAUCAGAUAAUGAAUUGGUAUUUGGUUGUCUUCCUUAUUUCAUGUUGUUAUCUGUAUUCUCAUUUAAGUAGUAUUAGUUUCAGUACCAAAAUCUGUUUUUGUAUACCUAAUCUGUGUUUUAGGUGAAUGAGAACAGUAGUACUUAUCUACUUACUCAUGUAUCUCUGUAGGUAACAGUUUUGUGUGAAUGUUAUAUAAUAGUUCCAACAGUCGUACAUUAUGUACUAGUGUGUACUUUGCCCCUCCAGCGUUAUUUUAAUUAUCAUUUACGUACGUUUACUACGCUAUUGUUUCCGAUAAAAUACUUAAAUUUGCUAUUUUGUGAUAUAUUUUAAUUGGUAAGAAUCUGUCGUUAAUUUUUAGCAUUUAACCACAAUGUCUUGUCACUUGUUACUAAUAAAUAUCUUCUAAUAAAUACCGAUUUUGUUUAUCUGAUAUGUAAUCGAGAAUCAGUUUUCAUUGUUCAGUAGCAGUACUAUCUUAUAAGAUUAGGACAGGGUGACUAGGAUUUAAAACAGACAGAGUUGUGGAAUUCUACAGCUGUUAUUUAAUUUAUUUUUUAAACAAUAUUAACAUUAAAGUUAUCAAGUAUAUUCACAUAAAUUAACACAGCCAUACACUUUACAACACAAAAAUAAACAUCUCUAAAUAGUUUCAUAGGAUAGUAUUCAGUUGGUAAUUAUUCUGCAAAUAAUUUUAUAAUACAAAAUAUGACUUUAUGUAAUAUAAAACUAAAUUUUGAAUCUUGUAUGUUUUCGCAACAUAAUAAUAAUUACAAGUUAUUCUGUCGCCAUAUUAAAUACCUUCGUGUAUCGAAUUUCGAUGAUAGUACAUACCGAAAUUGAUAGAUAUCUCUGUAUAAAUAGAUAAGGUAUCGUAUCGCCUACCUGAUCGUUAGGGCGAUAGAACUAUCAUUUACAGACCAUAUACAAUAUCUGCAUGUUGGAAUAUAAUGAAAGAUACAAGUCAUCAUCGCUACGAUUUUAUAGGUACAAUACGAUUACUGUUAUGUUACCUAACCAAGUAAUUGUAGCUCAAAAUAUUAAUUAAUACUUAAAAAUUAAAAUACAGUAGCUUUUAUGUAGGUAAUCAUCAACAUCGAGUUAGGGAAAUAAUAAAAUAAUGUCACUUGCUCUGCGCAUCAGUGCAAUGUGCAUCAAUCAAAUAUUCAUUUUACCAGUCGGCUGCAAGACAGCCCACACCACACAUUGCACAAAAUAGCUCUGGUUUUACCCAUAAGUGACUUAAAAUUACCUACAUGGCUAAAAUUAAAUAGAUUCCUACAAGUAUACACGUUACAGACAGUAUUUAGUGCUCGUUGGAUUUCGGUAAUAUUGCGAGAUCUUCCUUGGGUUUGUGGUUGAAGUGGUUGUUGUACAGCGUGUAGACCAUGCCGGCACAGAGUGCGCCGACGGCUGUGCCUUGGGCGAUCACACGGAACUGCAUUAGGAAGACGCUGGUGCUCAUCUUGCCGCGGUUUUUGUAUGCCCACGCGCCGUAGCCCACGGCUCCCGCGCAACCCGCGAUAGCUGUGGGAGA